AACCCCUUUCUCAAAAUAUAUGAUGUAACAGUUUCCACUUCUAUAGUCUCACAUAACAAUCAAACAACCAUUUGUGUAUUCUAAAUUAAAGCUAUGGAACGAACAUCUCUGAUUGUUCCCUCUGUCCAAGAAAUAGUAAAGCAGCCAUUAACAACCGUUCCAGAUCGUUAUAUUCGUCCACAUCACGACCGUCCAAUAAUAUCCACAAUUACUCCUUUACCCCAACUUCCUGUCAUUGACCUUACCAAAUUACUGUCCCAAGAUCUCAAUCUUAAGCAACCUGAGCUUCAUAAUCUACACUCAGCUUGCAAAGAAUGGGGUUUCUUUCAGCUGAUUAAUCAUGGAGUGAGUAGCUCCUUGAUGGAAAAUGUGAAGAAUGGUGCUAAGGAGUUUUACAAUCUUCCAUUUGAAGAGAAAAGAAAAUUUGGUCAGAAAGAAGGUGAAGUGGAGGGAUAUGGGCAAGCCUUUGUAAUGUCUGAGGAACAGAAAUUAGAUUGGGCAGACAUGUUUUUUAUGGUUACUUUGCCACCACAGUUGAGGAAACCACAUUUAUUCCCUAAACUUCCAUUACCAUUCAGAGAUCAUUUAGAGACCUAUUCUACUGAGUUGAGAAACCUUGCCAUCCAAAUCAUUGACUUUAUGGCAAAUGCCCUAAAUGUGAACACCAAUGAAAUUAGAGAACUAUUUGGUGAAGCAGCUCAAUCAACAAGGAUUAAUUAUUAUCCACCAUGUCCCCAACCAGAGCUUGUUACAGGACUCAAUUCACAUUCUGAUGGUGGUGGCCUCACAAUCCUUCUCCAAGGCAAUGAAGUGGAAGGUCUUCAAAUUAAAAAAGAUGGAUUUUGGAUUCCUGUUAAACCACUUCCUAAUGCUUUCAUUAUCAACCUUGGAGACAUGUUAGAGAUGAUAACAAAUGGAGUUUAUGGAAGCAUUGAGCACCGAGCAACGGUGAACUUGAAAAUGGAAAGGUUUUCUAUAGCUACAUUUUAUAGUCCAGGAAUGGAAGUGAUGUUGUGUCCAGCACCAACUCUUGUUACUACAAAAACACCAGCAAAAUUUAGAGCGAUUAGUGUAAAAGAUUUCUACUUGGGAUACCUUGGAAGAGAGCUACGUGGAAAAUCAUUUCUUGAUAGUUUGAGGAUCCAAAAUGAAGAUGAGAAAGGCACUUAGGUGUUAAAUGAUAUCAACUAUGAAAGCUGAAGCAUUAUAUAAGUUUGAGAUCAUAAAAAUAUAUAUACAAAAACUUAGGGACUUCAUUUUUGCCCUAAUGUUGAAGCAUAUAUGUUUUUGCAUAGUUUCUUUUCUUGUCUUUAGUGUCUGUUUUGUAAGAGAAUAAAUGUAUAUUUGUAUCCUGAACUAGUUCAUUGGUCCAAUAAGUCUCGCAUCAUAUUCAAGUUUGUUUGAACUAAUGAAUCAAUUAAUAAAUCUUACUAUUAAAUCAAA